AUGCCUCGAAUUCUCACCUACCUCGCUAUCGGAGCUCUGUCAACUUGCGCCGUGGCUACGCCCGUCGCUGAGCCUGCCAUCACGGCUGCUCCCAGUCUUGAGAAGCGCGCAUCUUGCACUUUCUCGGGCUCCACCGGUGCUGCUUCAGCCAGCGCCUCGCAGAAGUCCUGCGCUACUAUCGUGCUUUCCAACGUGGCUGUUCCCUCAGGCGUCACAUUGGACCUCAGCAACCUGAACGAUGGCACCCAUGUCGUCUUCGAGGGUACAACCACUUGGGGCUAUGAGGAGUGGACGGGCCCCAUGCUGCAGAUCGAGGGCAAGGAUAUCACCGUCACCGGUGCCAGCGGCGCGAAGCUCAACCCUGAUGGUGCCCGCUGGUGGGAUGGCCAGGGUGGAAACGGUGGCAAGACAAAGCCCAAGUUCUUUGCCGCUCACAGUCUGACCGGCUCUUCCUCUAUCAAUAACCUGUACAUUGAGAACACUCCCGUGCAGGCCGUUAGCAUCAAUGGCUGUGAUGGAUUGACUAUCAACCAAAUGACCAUUGACAACAAGGCCGGUGACAGUGCAGGUGGCCACAACACUGAUGGCUUUGAUAUCGGCUCUAGUAGCAACGUGGUUAUCAACGGUGCCACCGUGUACAACCAGGACGAUUGUGUUGCUGUCAAUUCUGGCACUGGUAUCACCUUCAGCGGUGGUUACUGCUCUGGCGGCCACGGUCUGUCCAUUGGCAGUGUUGGCGGCCGCUCUGACAACACCGUCGACACCGUUACCUUCAAAGACUCCACUGUCACCAACUCGGACAAUGGUAUCCGUGUCAAGGCCACCGAGGGCACCACUGGUACCAUCAAGGGCGUUACCUACUCUGGCAUCACCCUUUCCUCUAUCGCCAAAUACGGUAUCCUGAUCGAGCAGAACUACAACGGCGGAGACCUCAAGGGUUCCCCGACCAGCGGUGUCCCCAUCACCGACCUCACUAUCUCCAACAUUUCCGGCUCCGGUGCUGUUGCCUCCAGCGGGUAUGAUAUUGCCAUCGUCUGUGGCAGUGGCGCCUGCUCCAGCUGGACCUGGAGCAACGUCAAGGUCACCGGUGGUAAGACCUACGGCAGCUGCCAGAACGUUCCUAGCCCUGCUAGCUGCUAA